AUGUUCACACAUGAUCUGCUCACUGAUUGUAGUAGUAGUAGUAGUAGUAGUAGUAGUAGUAGUAGUAGUAGUAGUAGUAGUAGUAGUAGUAGUAGUAGUAGUAGUAGUAGUAGUAGUAGUAGUAGUAGUAGUAGUAGUAGUAGUAGUAGUAGUAGUAGUAGUAGUAGUAGUAGUAGUAGUAGUGGUAGUAGUAGUAGUAGUAGUAGUAGUAGUAGUAGUAGUAGUAGUAGUAGUGGUGGUGGUAGUAGCAGUAGUAGUAGUAGUAGUAGUAGUAGUAGUAGUAGUAGUAGUAGUAGUAGUAGUAGUAGUAGUAGUAGUAGUAGUAGUAGUAGUAGUAGUAGUAGUAGUAGUAGUAGUAGUAGUAGUAGUAGUAGUAGUGGUAGUAGUAGUAGUAGUAGUAGUAGUGGUGGUAGUAGCAGUAGUAGUGGUAGUAGUAGUAGUAGUAGUAGUAGUGGUGGUGGUGGUAGUAGCAGUAGUAGUGGUAGUAGUAGUAGUAGUAGUAGUAGUGGUGGUAGUAGUAGUAGUAGUAGUAGUAGUGGUAGUAGUAGUAGUAGUAGUAGUAGUAGUGGUGGUGGUAGUAGCAGUAGUAGUAGUAGUAGUAGUAGUAGUAGUAGUAGUGGUGGUAGUAGCAGUAGUAGUAGUAGUAGUAGUAGUAGUAGUAGUAGUGGUAGUAGUAGUAGUAGUAGUAGUAGUAGUAGUAGUAGUGGUAGUAGUAGUAGUAGUAGUAGUAGUAGUAGUAGUAGUAGUAGUAGUAGUAGUAGUAGUGGUGGUGGUAGCAGUAGUAGUGGUAGUAGUAGUAGUAGUAGUAGUAGUAGUAGUAGUAGUAGUAGUAGUAGUAGUAGUAGUAGUAGUAGUAGUAGUAGUAGUAGUAGUAGUAGUAGUAGUAGUAGUAGUAGUAGUAGUAGUAGUAGUAGUGGUAGUAGUAGUAGUAGUAGUAGUAGUAGUAGUAGUAGUAGUAGUAGUAGUAGUAGUGGUGGUGGUAGUAGCAGUAGUAGUAGUAGUAGUAGUAGUAGUAGUAGUAGUAGUAGUAGUAGUAGUAGUAGUAGUAGUAGUAGUAGUAGUAAUAUUUUAAUUAGCACUGAAUAUGUUGACCCCAUGAGACUCUUGCUUAUGGACGACCUUUGA